AUGGUGGUCUGCAGCUUCUUCCAGCAAGGCCGGUGCAAAUUUGGAGGGAACCGCUUUGGAGUCCUGUCUGGAGGAGGUGGUGGUGGAGGCUUCGGAGGUCGUUCUGCGCAACAGAACCAGCAGCCAGCAAACUAUGGUGUCACAGCGGAUGAUAUCAAGACCGACCUAACCGCUGGUAAGGGUCGUCCAGAAUGGGUUUUUUCUUGUUAUGGCCCUGGUAAAAACGCCCCAAAGCAAUUAUUUGGAGGUGCUCAGCGAGAGCAAUCUUUCGAAGAGCUGCGGCUGCGUCACUAUGAAGCUGCUGCAACAGGAAAUGUAGAGCAGGCAGUCCAAGAGGCUCAGGCUUUGUACGCCGAGGCACUGAAACAGAUGGAUGUCAUAUUGAACGACCUUGGCGGUGCCGUGAAAUACAUCGUUGAUGGUAUCAACGAGCAUCCGAAUAGGAUUGAUAUCAUAGAAGGUAAGACAGGUCCUGCUGCCAGUCAAGGGCCCUCUCCAUUUGGCCAACCCUCGGCAUUCGGGCAACCAGCUGCUAGCGGUCAGACAUCAGGAUUUGGUCAACCGUCGGCAUUGGGGCAGAGUUCUGGAUUCGGACAACCAAGUGCUUUGGGCUCAGGAUCAGGAUCAGCCUUUGGCAAGCCCUCUGGGUUCGGUCAACCAUCGACGUUAGGUCAGCCAUCGGGAUUUGGUCAACCAUCGACGUUAGGUCAGCCAUCGGGAUUUGGUCAACCAUCUACCUUGGGCCAGAGUUCUGGUUUUGGACAACCAAGUACGUUGGGUUCAGGAUCAGCCUUUGGUAAGCCUUCAGGGCUAGGAGGUGGGCAGCCUGCGUUUGGUAAACCGGCGUUUGGGCAGCCCAGUCUAGGCCAGCAGAACCCAGGUCAGCCUGCUUUCGGUCAACCAUCAGCGUUUGGGCAACCUUCAUCAGUAGGAGGCUCAUCAUUCGGCGCAUCGACUAACGCGUCACCCUUUGGCGCAAUAUCAAACCAAAACCAGGGCGCAGGUGUCGGUUUUGGCCAAGCCGCAUCAGCUGUGUCUCCGUUUGCACAAGCUGCUAGCCAACAACCUGCAGCACCCUCUGGAUUUGGACAACCAUCUACAACCCCAGCAACAACUGGCGGCUUCGGUCAGCCGACGCAAACACCAUCCCCGUUUGGCCAGCCCCAACCCCAGCCCCAGUCAAAUCCAUUUGGACAACCAUCCACCGCACCAAAUCCUUUCGGGGCUCCCAGUCAACCACAGCAGCAACAAGCACAGGCCGCUCCUUCACCCUUUGGCCAACCAGCGGCCGGUUUCGCCCAGCCUGCCCAACAACAACCGCCAGCUCCUACCGCAACGGCGGGCACUGGCCCUCCUGCCAUCAUCAAGGUUGAGGAUCCAAAUCAGCUCAGCCCCAUUCCACCCUUAUCCGGCCAGACGGUCCGAGAUCCUAUGACCAAGAGACUGUCCACAUGGAAAGGGCAGCCAGUCAAGUAUAUUGACAACAAUCCGUGUUAUCUGCAUCCUCAAGACCGCCAAACAUAUGUUCGCAUCUUCUUCCCGGAUGGGCCUCCCGACCAGGCAAGCCUGAGAGAUGCCACAGGGAAAUCGGAAGAGUAUACCCCCGAGGUCACGGAACAGUAUGAGUUCUUUGUGAAAAACGGAUACUUCAAGGACGGCGUCAUCCCAAGCGUACCACCCAAGACGGAAUGGGUGAGCUUCGACUUCUAA